UGCUACCGCGAGCAGGAAUAAUUACGAGGGGCGCUCCUUGCUUGCUUGCUUUAAAGCCACUCCUCUCUCUCUCUCUCGAACGGAGGAAUAAAUUCUUCGCCCACUGCCGCAAGAAAGGCACCUCCCUCCCCUCACCGCCGCCGGGAAAGCUUCCAUCUUUGUCCCCAUUUGCCCGCACCUCAUCCCUCCCCCGGCCAGCCUUGUCCCCGAGGCGAGGCGAGGCGAGGCGAGGCGGGCGGCGGUGAGGCCCUCCCCUCAUCCUCCGUCGAUGUGACCCCCUCCCCGGUCAGCUGACUGAGAACAGGACCCUGUGGUGGUGAAUUUCCCCCUCCCCUCUGUGCUCUGUGUGCCACCGAUUACCGAGCCGGUCACGUAUGAGGAACUGGAAGAUCGGGGAGAGCUCCAACGUCUGGGUCAAUUUGGUCGCCGUCCCGGCCAAUCUCGCCAUCGCGGCUCUGGAAUUCGCGCUGUGGAGCUCCGUCUGGUGUUUCCUGGCCGUUUCCUCCAUCAAUUUCUGACCCGAAUUCGGAGCACCCAGUCUGUGGGGUUAUCAGUGCACUAGUAGGCCACUGGAGCCGGAGCAGUUGCAGCAAAAGGAACGGGCCACCUUCUCUGAGUCGGGAUUAGGUGCGGUCCUCAGCUCAAAAGGGCUCGUUUGGUGAGAACUUUUGCUUGCUGUCUGUCUGCUUGUGUCCUUGGUGAUGGAGAUUGCCGGAAUAGGGGUUGGAAGGACAUUCUGAUUUAAUUGAGAUUUUCUGAUUCCAUUGGUUGAGGAUGGAGGAGAGGCUACCCGAGGCAGGUGCUGGCGAUUUGAGGGCCGAGGAUGACUUCAGGAGCUGCUGUGGGGACGAGGAAGAGUGGGAGGACACUGAGGAGUCCUUCACCGCCGGCGUUGCAAAGGGGGAGCUUGAUGAGACCUCGGUGCGGCUGUUCUUCAAGGGCGUCUCGAGCCCGGAGGCAGAGGGGAAGAAAUUGUCUGGGAUAGGGGUGGUGAUGGAGAGGUCGCCUGGAGUGCCUGUUCUGAAGGUGCAGAAGAAGCUGGAUUUCUAUGUGGAGGAGCUGGUGGCCGAGCACUUGGCACUCAUGGAUGGCCUGCUGGUGGCGCUGCAGAAUGGGAUAAGGAAGAUCUUCGCCUUCACCAAUUCAGAGAAGCUAUACUUUCAGAUUGCAGAAGCUGAAAUUCUUGAAGACCAGCUUUUGGUAGCCUUAGGGCACAGAAUUCUUGAACUAGUUGAUAAACUGGAAGACUUUGAUUUGAUAUUGCUUCCUAGCUUUGAACUUGAGAGGCCCUUACAGUUGGCCAAAGAAGCGAUAGGCAUCAGGUAUCUUUCUCCCUAUGAGGUUGGCAUCUGCCCGAUCUGCUGUGAGGAAAAACUAGGUUCUCAGAUGGUCAAGACAGGUUGUUCACACACAUUUUGCUAUAAUUGCCUGACUGCAUAUGUUGAAGAGAAGCUGCUGACCUCAAAGCAGCCUAUAAGGUGUCCACAAUUCAGGUGUAAAUAUCUAAUUUCAGCUAGUGAAUGUAAAUCAUUCCUUCCAGUUAGCAGCUAUGAUUCCCUGGAGAGAGCAUUUGCAGAAGCUGGCACCUCAGGCAUGGAAAGAUUUUAUUGUCCCUUUCCAAAUUGUUCUGUGUUAUUAGACCUUAGUCAGCACUUUUCUAGGGCAAGUUCAUCAAUUCAGUCAGAUCUUAGUUGUGUUGAGUGCCCGGAAUGCCACAGAGAUAUUUGUAUCAACUGUGGAGUGCCAUGGCAUAUCAUGAUGGGCUGUGAUGAGUACCAGAGCUUGCCUGUCGAAGAAAGAGAUGCUGGAGACCUAUCAUUGCAUCGGCUUGCUCAAAACAAUAGGUGGAGGCGUUGUCAGAGAUGUCGACGAAUGAUUGAACUAACACAAGGCUGCUUCCAUAUGACUUGCUGGUGUGGGCACGAGUUCUGCUACUCCUGUGGCGCUGACUAUGCUAGCGGUGUACAAACAUGCCAAUGCGUGUUCUGGGACGAUGAAGCUAUUGAGCCAUCCUCCGCAGCACGAUCCAGCCAAGCAGCAUCUGAGAUCUGGGCAUGGGACACAUUUGAUUGCAUGCCAACCGCCGUCGAGGGGUACUCGGAGCAGGAGCGCGCGCAGCUGGCACUCAUCCAGAGGUUCCUUGCAGGGGGUUUCAGCCUGGGAGACAACCCCUGCCAGUCGCCACCCCGCUGUGCCGACUCAUAUAUCGUUGACACCAUGAAGGACCUCCACCAGCUGCCAUGGCUUGAGCGAUUUGUCUCAGUGAUCAGCGACAGCUACAACGAUGACUACAUCCAGUGAACAAACAAAAAGGUUAUAGAUAGCAGUAAAGAAACGGCACAUACUAAGUUUCAUCUGGAAUAAUAUGUUUCCAUGUCCCUGGUUGAUAAUUGACAUAUAUUAAGGGAAGUGAUAUGCUUCCUUGCAAUGUCACUGUUUGCUCUUGUAUUACCUACUUUGGUUUCUGGUGCAUCAGCAAAAGAGUUCUCCAGUUGUCACUCUGCAGUUUUAGAUUCUUUUUUUUUCUAGUGAGCACAUAUAUUUUCAA